AUGACGUCUUUGCUCCGACACAAAAACAACAACUGUGGUAUGAGCAAUAUUGACAACUCUGAAAGAGACGCAUUGGGACCUAUGAACACAAUGGAUGAGCAAGAAGACAUGAUUGAUAUGGACAACUGUUCUCAACAAGAAUUUUCCGAACUCGCCAAGACAUCAACAUCUUCGGUCUUUGACCACCCAAAAGACGGCUUAAACACGGAAAGAACAUCCUCUCUCACGAAAACAAACAACAAAAUUGAAAAGAGGAGGAAAAUGUUGCAACAACGUAAAGCAAAGAUUGUUAAUCUGAAGAAGAGAUGGCGAGAACGAAACGCUGCUCUCCCACAGGAACAACAUCAACUCAUUGACCAUCAUGAUGAUGGGUCAAAACUCGGAGAUUUAUUAGAUGAAUGUUUUGACAGAAUUGAAAAAACUAUCGUUCAAAACGUAGAGGGUAAAAUUUCGACGGCUUUCAAGAAAUUUCAAGAGAGCAUGACAUUGGCAUUUGGAGAAUGUUUGCAAAAAUUAACAUCAGCCAUUGAAAUGCGCCCUUCUUCUCUUUCAACACCAAUCAAAUUGGAGAAUACACAACCAACAUCUUUGCCAUCCAUCCAAGUACAAAAUUCACAAAAUUCGCAAUCUCAAUCCAAUAUUAUGGCAUCAUCAUCCUAUCCAUCAAAACAUCAGCAUGGCUCAAAAGAAGAGGAUUGUUGGAUUAUUUGGAAUAACUCAGUCUAUGACAAACUUCGAUUAUUGAGGAGAAUGAAAGCCAUCAAAUACAAUGAGUGGGAGGAUUUUGUGGAAAGGGAUGCCAUUAUUUGGAGAAGACAUUUUGAAUUAAGGGAUCAAUUUAAGAGAGAUAAAUCAUCUGACAAGAAACACUACACUCUCGCAAUGGAUUACAUUAGCCCAGUUCUACAUGCAAAACAAUUUCUUGGUAAAACCCUUCAAAAAAUCAGACAAGGCUUUUUCAAGAAUAAGGAAGUAUCGAAUGAAAUGCUAACCAAAAUGCUAGAAGGAGUUUCAAAAGGAAACAUUUUACCAUAUCAGCAAGAUUUGUUGUUAAGCAAGAAAGAAAUCCAAAUCACACCCAAGUCAAAAAUUAAUUCACCAUUCUGGUGGUUAAACCUAGAAAUUUAUCAACAACUCUCACUAUUGGUAGAAUUGAAAAUUAUUGCAAAAACGGAUUGGAAUGCCUACAUGAAGAAGGUAAUGCAGUUAAACGACUCAAUAACUGAGGAAUCUGAAAGAGCUCCUAAAAUCAUUAGCUUUGGAGAAACGUUAAUGAAAAAUUUAAAGGACAAGACACCAACUGAUAAGUGGUUCCUAUUUGUGCAAAAGAAGCAAAGCAUGAUGAAAUGUUCAGAUUAG